AUGCGUCCCCAGAUCCGCCUGUACGAACACCCCGACUUCAAGCCAGACGAGAGGGACGUUACCCUGUUGUCGACCGUCUGCCUCGUGCUCGGGCUCGCAAUAACCGGCGCACUAUUUAUCUUGACAAUGUCAUGUCUCUUGUUCUGGGAUGAUUGCAGAUCCUCAUAUUCUAUCCUCAGCCACCGGCCAGCAUAUCUCCCAAUACGACAGCUACUGUCCGAGUAG